AUGAAAACUGGCCGACGCGGAUUCAUUGUUACGCCAGAAACGGCUAUUAGAUUUACCGAGACGUCAGUUUUCUUGACUUGUAUUUUCGCGCCUAAACGUGCUGAUAAGUUACGACUUUUUUUGUUUAGAGUACUUAUGAUAGCUUCGGUGCUUUUGACAGUUACUUUUUUUUUAUCUUUGCUCCUGUCGAUUCUCGAGAACUUGGACAAAUUAGUGGUAGUGAUAAAAUCCUUGACUUUUAUGAGCAGUCUAGUUAACUAUGUUAUUAAAGUUGUGAUUGUCAGAAUAUACUGCAAUAAUUUUAAGAGGCUACAGUGGUCAGUAAAAAAUUUCAUAGAAAAUGCGGACAAAUUUGAGAGAAAAAUAAUCCAAAAAUACGUCGACGAGUGCUGGAAAUUUCAAUUAUUCGUAACAAUCGGUAGCUACUUUACGACAACUGGAUUUCUCCUCGGACCGUUAGUGCUACCGCAAAAAUUUCCAACAGAGGCGGUGUAUCCAUUUUCUACAGAAAAUACACUAGUUACGGUGAUUGUUUACUUACAACAGAGCAUUGGAGGGUAUCAAGCUGCAGCGGCGGUUGUUCUCGAUUGCCAGAUGGCGGUUUACCUCUGGUACUUGUGUGUAAGAUUCGAGGGGCUGAUUCUUCAAAUGGACCACGUCGAGGAUCAUCUUCAAUUGAUAAUUGAGAUUCAAGAUUUUUAUUUGAAUUUUCAGCGGUUUUUAUCCACUUGUAGAUUCGUCGAUGAAACUAUUCCUUCGAUUCGGGCUGUCGUUUUCUCGACGGUCACCAUUAAUAAGUUUAUUAUGAUUUGUGCUGCGGUUGUUCUUAUAUCAGGCGAAGGCUCGAUUGAAAAACUUCAGUGUGGAGUAAUAGUUAUCUUUACUGCCUUAAAUAUUUACACCUUUAUCAGGCCAGCGGAUAGACUAAUUGAACUUACGAGCUAUGGAAUGUCAAACAAAGUAUUUAACUCAUUCUGGACAUUGAACCAAAAAAUGAGAAAAACGUGUCUUCUUAUCAUACAUAGGACGCAGUAUCCUGUGCUGAUACGCAUUCCCGGUUUUCUAGAGACAGUUUCUAAUCAAUAUUACUCUUCAGUAUGUAUUUUUGCCUUUAAAUUUCAUAAAAACAAAAUUUAA